GAGACGGAGAGAAGACGCAAAAAGAAGUGUAAAUAGUAAUGGCGAGAUUUAGAGUAUCAUAUAAAUUGAAUCCCGAAUUUUUUGACAUCAGUUCAGAGGACAAAACAAAAAUGAGGGAGUUUGUGCCUAAAAGAAAGGUCCUGAAAACUGUUGGAAAUAUCCAAAGCAUUAUUACACACAAUGCAGAUGUAAACGACUUUUUGCCGCCCUGGGCGACUGAGAAAUAUUUUUGGGAUCUGCACAAAUAUAAAAUGGAAAUGAGAGAAUCUGGUGCAUUGAAUGCUGAAUCGGAAGAAAUCAAGGAUUACAUGCAAAGCAUCAUUGGAAGGGCUACAGAAAUACUGAAAAACGAGAACAUCUCUUUGAAGAUGCUAGAACAAAAGCCAGUCAUUGACAAGCAGGUCGAAGGGGAAAGUGAUGAAACUGUUGUUCCUAAGGAAGACCUGGAGGAAUAUAUCCAAAGCAUCAUUGAAGGCGCAAGAAAGAUUGUAAAAAGCGAAACAGCCCAAUUGAAAGUUUUAGAAAUCAGGAAAGAGCACAAGCCAGACACUGUUAAGCAGAUUGAAAGGAAGAGUGAAGAAACAACUGUUUCUAAGGAAGAAUUAGAGGAAUAUAUCCAGAGCAUCAUUGAAGGUGCAAGACAGAUAGUAAAAAGCGAGACUGCACAAUUGAAAGUUUUAGAAAUCAGGAAAGAGCACAAGCCAGACACUGUUCAGCAGAUUGAAAGGAAGAGUGAAGAAACAACUGUUUCUAAGGAAGAAUUAGAGGAAUAUAUCCAGAGCAUCAUUGAAGGUGCAAGAAAGAUUGUAAAAAGCGAGACUGCACAACUGAAAGUUUUAGAAAUCAGGAAAGAGCACAAGCCAGACACUGUUAAGCAGAUUGAAAGGAAGAGUGAAGAAACAACUGUUUGUAAGGAAGAAUUAGAGGAAUAUAUCCAGAGCAUCAUUGAAGGUGCAAGACAGAUAGUAAAAAGCGAGACUGCACAAUUGAAAGUUUUAGAAAUCAGGAAAGAGCACAAGCCAGACACUGUUAAGCAGAUUGAAAGGAAGAGUGAAGAAACAACUGUUUCUAAGGAAGAAUUAGAGGAAUAUAUCCAGAGCAUCAUUGAAGGUGCAAGACAGAUAGUAAAAAGCGAGACUGCACAACUGAAAGUUUUAGAAAUCAGGAAAGAGCACAAGCCAGACACUGUUAAGCAGAUUGAAAGGAAGAGUGAAGAAACAACUGUUUCUAAGGAAGAAUUAGAGGAAUAUAUCCAGAGCAGCAUUGAAGGUGCAAGACAGACGCUUAAGAGCGGAAUUACUGCAUCAGAGGUUUUGGAAAACAAGAAAGAGCACAAGCCAGACAUUGUAAAGCAGAUCGAAAGGAAAAGUGAUGAACCAACUGUUCAUAAGGAAGAUCUGGUGGAAUAUAUCCAAAGCAUCAUUGAAAGUGCAAGACAGAUAGUAAAGACCGAGAUUGCCGCAACUAAUGUUUCAAAAAUCAAAAAAGAGAUCAAGGCAGACAUUGUCAAGUGGGUCGAAGGGAAAAGUGAUGAAACUGUUUGCAAAGAACACGAUGUAGAGAUAAAAAGCCGGACAAAGUUCAGAAUGGAAGAAAUCACAACCUAUCAAGAAAACCUCGAGAGAAAGCAGGAACUGCAGGCAGUUCAUGAAAAUUUGCCUAGGGUACAAUCUGUCAAGAAACUGAAAGAAUUUGAUGACCAUUGUGUACCCAGGAGGCUCUUUUUGUUUAAUAUCGAAAACUUGAAAGAAAAUCCAAAGAGUGAAUGCCCCAGGACCUCCACAGAGACUUGUCUCAAUACCAGCUCUGUACAACAUUCUGUUGUGGAAUCAAGAGCGACAGAAGAAAUGGUUGCUCCUAAAAGAAGAACAUCUUUAAGAAGACGCAUCCUUAAGUUCCUUGGAUUUAAGUAA